UUUUCCAUAUUUCAGUGGCAGAUAGCUUUAAGUAUCCACUUCCUCUGAGGUACCCAGAAAGACCCCAUUUUUCCUACUGUGAGAGUGGUGUCCCGCACAUGGGUUGGGUGAAAGGAGGUAUGUCUGUCCCCAGGGAGACCUGAAGUGAGUGCUCCAGCCUGGUGUGACCUCAGCCAUCUUCUUUAUUGACUAUAUUUUUGGUUGGUGCUCUUGUCUUACUCUCUUUUGCGUGUACAGGUCCAAACUGAAGACAGUGCAUGAGCGGAUCCCUUUGGCUGGACUGAGCAAGUUGCCCAGUGUCCCUCAGAUUGCAAAGGCUUUUUGUGAUGAUGCAGUGGGGCUGAAAUUCAACCCUGUCCUGUACCCCAAGGCCUCCCAAAUGAUUGUGUCCUAUGAUGAGCAUGAUGUGAAUAACACAUUCAAGUUUGGGGUCAUUUAUCAAAAAGCAAGGCAGACCCUGGAGGAGGAGCUAUUUGGGAACAAUGAGGAAAGCCCAGCUUUCAAGGAGUUCUUGGACCUGCUAGGGGACACGAUUACGCUGCAGGACUUCAAAGGUUUCCGAGGAGGCCUGGACGUGACCCAUGGACAGACAGGGGUGGAGUCAGUGUAUACAACAUUCCGGGACCGGGAGAUCAUGUUUCAUGUCUCCACAAAGCUGCCAUUCACCGAGGGAGAUGCCCAGCAGCUCCAGAGAAAGAGACACAUUGGGAAUGACAUUGUGGCCAUCAUCUUUCAAGAGGAAAAUACACCAUUUGUUCCAGAUAUGAUUGCCUCCAAUUUCUUACAUGCCUACAUUGUUGUGCAGGCUGAGAGCCCAGGCACAGAGACCUCAUCCUACAAGGUCUCUGUCACUGCACGGGAAGAUGUGCCUGCCUUUGGCCCCCCUCUGCCCAGCCCCCCUGUUUUCCAGAAGGGCCCGGAGUUCCGGGAGUUUCUGCUCACCAAGCUCACCAACGCAGAGAAUGCUUGCUGCAAGUCAGACAAGUUUGCCAAACUGGAGGACCGGACCAGGGCUGCUCUCCUGGACAACCUUCAUGAUGAGCUCCACAUGCACACACAGGCCAUGCUGGGACUGGGCCCUGAGGAGGACAAGUUUGAGAAUGGGGGCCACGGGGGAUUCCUAGAGUCUUUUAAGGUAUGA